GGGUUUUUGCUCUUUUUCAUUCAUAAGACUGAGAGAGAAAAAAAACAGAGAGAAAGAACACAACACAAUCACGAGUACUACCGAAGGAACAAACACAAAGAUUGUUCCAACACUGAAACCUCAACAAAGAUCUUUCCUUUAUUUGUUUUUGUGAGAACCCUUUAAUCCCUUUCUUCUUCUUUCACUGUUUGGAUCUGCAAUUUUGCAGCUUUCGAAGAAAUUUUUGUUGGGGUGGUUGAAGUUUUGCAAUUGCUGGAGGUUUGUGUUUGUGCCAAUUUGAAGAAGAUUUGGUGGUUUUUGUGGGAAUUGAGAAUUAUUCACUCUACAGCUUUAAUCAGGUUCUGUGGAAGAUUGAACCAUGAAAGAUUGAAUCAUGGAUCCUGAAGGAAAAAAGUUUGGAGGAGGACCGAGGGAGUUGACAGGUGCUGUGGAUCUCAUAAGUCAUUUCAAAUUAAUACCGCACUAUGAAUUUUUCUGCAAGAGGCCGCUUCCUGUGUCAAUCGCGGACACACACUACCUGCACAGUGUAGUAGGAGACACAGAAGUAAGAAAAGGAGAUGGCAUGCAAUUGGAUGAACUCAUUCAGAAUACAUCUUUCUCAAGAGAGACAAGUGCUCGGAUACAGCCUUUCGACUUGGAUAUACUCAAGGAGUCUUUCCAACUAAGGGAAACAGCUCCCAUCGAUUUGCCUGCUGCGGAGAAAGGAAUACCAACAAUUGCAGGAAAAUCAAAAAGUGAGAAAGACAAAGAGAAGAAGCAUAAGAAGCACAAAGACAGGGAUAAGGACAAGGACAGGGAGCAUAAGAAGCACAAACAUCGUCACAAGGACAGAAGCAAAGACAAAGACAAGGACAAAAAGAAAGACAAAAGCGGGCAUCGUGAUUCCAGUGCUGAUCACUCAAAGAAACAUCAUGAAAAGAAGAGGAAGCAUGACGGAGAUGAUGAUGCUAAUGAUGUGCACAAACACAAAAAGAGUAAGCAUAAGAGCUCAAGAAUUGAUGAGUUGGGGGCAAUAAAGGUUGCUGGCUGAAAUAGUUAUGUACUUAGUUCACUCUCUUUUCCUCAAUUGGUUGUUGUCAUUUGUAUGUGAAGGAGACUUUUGCCUGACAUUUUCAGAUUUCUUGAGUUGUUUUUUUGUUGUUGCAGAGUAGCUAGGGGACCUGACUAUAAGAUUAUCAUGAUGGUGAAUUCACCUGAUGGUGGAAAAGGAAGCAGGUAAAAUAUGAUGAAGAUAAACUAUUCUUGUAUAAUAACAAUUACCUUAUAGAAUUGCUAGUGAACUUUGGUCUUCCUUUUCCCAGUUUUUGGAGCACUGGAUAUAUCUCAACAUGUAUGCAUUGUUUUGACUUUUUUUCCUUCUUUUUAUAUAUAAAAAAUAUUCUGUACUUUAUAAUUUACUCAAGAGUUUGUUUAAACUACAUCUAGAAGCUUUUUGUUUAGGAUAACUGAAAUAACUAUAGGGAGCUUGUGUGUGUAUAUCGAUAACUCUCCCGUACCAUUUAUUUAACAUCGACGCAUGGAUCUGUAUAUAGUUAAUUUGUAAACUAUAUGGGGCGGAACGUUCCGCGCCCUAAUAUUACUUUGAUGGAUGGAAAAAA